CAUGAUGCAAAACCAGACCGCCAACUUCUGUCUCCUCGUCACAACUUACUAAUAAAAAAGUCUGCGUGCAACGUUCGUCGAUUUACACUGGAGGUUGAUUGGGAAAAGUCGAGUCGCGAACCAUGAAGUUUGCAGUUGCAACUGCUGUUCUUUUCGUUUUCCUGAUUCCAAUUUUUGCAUUGACCGUAACAUGUCGCGUGUUGUCUUCCAGGGGACACGAUCUUGUUGAUUGGGAACAUUCACGGCAACGGCAUCAUCGUCAGAACCUCAAUCACGACCAGGUGGAAUCCCCGGAGGAGACUGUCAAUGGAAAGUACGAAAACGUCCAACAACGGAACGAAGGAGAUCCGCAGUAUCGUCACAGACAACAAAUCCAUGUGCGAUACGGAAAGCACGCCCGACAGAGUCACGGGAAAUCUAUUCGGCGCCGACAGAGAGAAUGUCACAAACAGCGAUCUAGGGAACGAAACUGGCGUCGGCGCAGUGAGCGUCUUGGUCAACGACUUAGAGGUCAUCAGAGAGAAUUCCACAAGAAGCUGAUGAAAGGACACAACCAGCAUCAACACCGGCAAGGAAGGUUCGAUGAGUAUCAUGGUUUAGAAACCAUUGGGCAUCGAGAAGAUUUCGACGAGCUGCAACGUUUAGGAAGCUCUCAGCAUCAAGAAGAAGAUUUUUACGACUUACAGGCCGCCCAGCACCAAGAGGGGAAUUUUGACGAGCAGCCAUAUUUAAGGGCCACACAGCACCAAGAGGGGGAUUUUGACAAGCAGACAGAUUUAAGGGCCAGUCAGCACCGAGAGGAAGAUUAUGAUGACCAGCCACUCAUAGAUGCUUCACGAUACCGUGAGAGAGAGUUUUAUGACUUAGAUGCCACUCAGCAUCAAGAAAGAGAUUUUGACGAGCAGCAAAACUUAGGGGCCACUCAGCACCAAGACGAAGAUUUUGACGAGCAGCAAGACUUAGGGGCCACUUAUCACCAAGAUGGGGAUUUUGACGAGCAGCAACACUUAGGGACCACUCAGGACCGAGACGAAGAUUUUGACAAGCAGCAGCCCGUAGGUACGCCUCAAUACCAUGACAGCGAUUUUUAUGACUUAGAGGGAGCUGACCACCAUGAAGGAGAUUAUGACGAACAACACAACUUAGGGGUCACUCAGCAUCGAGAGGAAGAUUUUGACGAGCAGAGAGACUUAGGAGACACACAGCACCGAUGGAGCGACCAUGAUGAACAGCAAGAUUUAUGGGCCACUGAACAAGAAAGAGAAUUUCACGAACAUCCAGAAUUAGGAACUGCUCAACACGAACAGGAAGAAUUCCACGAAGAAUUACUCACACAAGACUAUGAGCUGCCAGGAAAGAUCGGUAAAAUAGAUGAAGAUGAAACUCAAUAUAUAAGUGAUAUCAAUAAAGAAGCUAUCAUACCAACAGGUGUGGGAGUCCAGCCUCCACAGCCAUCACCAGCAUCAUAUUAACUAUGAUAAACAUCACCGUGUGGCUGAGAGCUUGAAUCAAGUAAAUAUUGACUAGCAUAUACACAAGGUGCUGUGUCCUAAAAUGUAACACACCUUAUGUUUUCAUUCUUCACCUGCCUAUGUCAUGAGUUAAUUCUGCAACCGAACGUCCAAUCUAUUUGUCCUGAUCGGCUAAAUCUAUCUUCAAAACGCUCGUGUCGACAUCUGCUUAAAUCAACAUCCCUUGGUAUCUAUACAACAUAUCAAGUUAAAUAGGACGGCUGAAUAUUUGCAAACUUCAACAUAUGAAACAUUUCGCUUGAUAUAUCUGACUAAGAUUCACCUGCUUGGUAUAUUUGUAUAUCAAGGUCUACGGUGGUUAACAUCAGACUUGGAGGAUCUUCAAAAGUCUUGAAAUAACACCAACUGUUCCCUUUCUUGUGUUCCUUUGCCCAAACCAUGAAAAGAUAGCCCAGAUCUUUUUAUAUCUCUAAUAAAA